CCGAGACAAACAGUCGAGCUCGGGACCCUGAGAAACAACCAGGGAGGGCACUAGGGCAGGGACAGGACGACCAGACAGGCUCCGCGUUUCCCGGCCCGCGAACGCGAGCGCGAGUUCAUCGCCUUCCCGGUUCCCGCCGCGCCGCGGGCUUUCCCGCCUUCCCCGAGCCCUCCUCCCCCGCACACCCACGACCAGUGUGUGGGUGGAGACUAGUGGGAGUGGGAGGCGUUAUAAUCGGUCGGCGCAAGGACGUGGGGGAGAAGGGGGGCUAAUCCGGCCGUGCACGCAACCGGACCGGGCGCGGUAGCCAGUGCGUAGGCGCCGUUCCGCCGCUGCCGCCUCGCCCGGCGUUCCUCGCCGCCAGCACAGGGCGUGGCCGGAGUCCGCGCGCCACCAUGGCAAGGUCAUGGCUGAUAACUUGUAGGGGAAUUGCUAAGAAAAUAAGGUACACAAAUCCUGGCGCUAAUCACCAUAUAAGUGAACUGGUUGCAGAAGCACGGAGGGAAUGCCCAAACUGCAGUUAUAUUAUUGAUAACAGCGAUGUUGCCAUGCAGUGGCCUGGGUUGCCUGCUGGAGUCAAGUUUGAUCCUUCUGAAUUGGAGUUGCUUGAACAUUUAGAACAGAAAGUUGGCCUGGGAGAUUCAAGACCACAUGUGCUCAUUGAUGAAUUUAUUCCAACUAUAGACAAUGAUGAGGGAAUCUGCUAUUCACAUCCUGAAAAUCUUCCUGGUAUGAAAACAGAUGGUAGCAAUGCUCAUUUCUUUCAUAGAGUUUCAAAAGCGUAUGGUUGUGGUCAGCGCAAACGUCGAAGGACCAUCAACUGCAGUGAUCACACUGUUUCUGAUGAGCAUGUGAGAUGGCACAAGACAGGGAGAUCCAAAGCCAUAUAUGAAAAUGGUGUUAUAAAAGGUUGGAAGAAAAUAAUGGUGCUGUACAAAAUUUCGCAAAGAGGCAGAAAGCCUGAUAGAGCUAAUUGGGUAAUGCAUCAGUAUCAUCUUGGAGAAGAGGAAGACGAAAAGGACGGGGAACUUGUAGUAUCUAAAAUAUUCUGUCAGUUGCCAAAUAAGAGUAUGGAAAUUUCUGAAACAGAAACUGCUUAUGAAGAACCUGGUGCACCUGCUUCGGUGAUUGGUCCGAAAACUCCAAAGACAGUCACACCACAGCCACGCCAUCCUAAAAAUAGUCCAUGUGAAACUGAGCAGAGUAUUUUCAUCCUGCAGGACCAGCUACUACUGGACGGUGAAGACGAGCCUACCAUGCCUAUCGUUAGUCUGGCGGAUGAUGCAAUGAACCCUGCAUGGUGUGCUGUAGCUGAAGAAGAGCAGGUUGUUGGAGAGGCAUCUCGGGCUCAGUCAAACUCAGAUGAACCUCUUCUCUGUCGCGAAGACCCAAAUUCCUUAAACGACGAAGCAUUGCUUCCCUGGGACUAUCCGAUUCUGUCGCAAUGCAGGAGUGAGAUUUUUGAUCGGAACCUGAAUGGAUACGGGUUGCCUGAUCUCCAUAAUGUGGAUCUCGGCACGCCUCCAGAUCUUCAGCUUGCUGAUUUCCAGUUUGGCUCUCAGGAAAGCCUCGGCAGCUGGCUGGAUCGCAUCUAGGAAGAUACUAAAGUACGUAUUUGGUAGAGCAGCUCAGCAACCUGAUCGAUGGGCAUCUUUUUUGCACAUGAUAUGGUAACCGGUGGCAGCUAUUUUUGGGCUUGCAACACAAAGAUUGCAUUCUUGCAUUAGUGUUGUAUUAGUGUUGCGCUGUCAAACUUUAUCUGGAAACCAAAGAACCUUUCGCUCUUUUCUAUUUUCUUUAGAACCUUUAACAGCUGGCUAUCAGAACACUAGCCUUGAAAUAUAGCUGUAAGUUUUGUGGCAUGGUUGGUGCAAACCUACAUUGCCCCGCUGUAUAUAAGAUCGGUGCCUUGAGAUCUUUG